AUGAUCCAAGUGUGUACUGGUGGAUGGAAUGUUCCGACUUUCGGCACCACAACCUCCCACACCCCCAUAGAAAGAGAAUUGACCUCCUGCGAAAGAAAUGGCUAUAGGCGCUGGGAAGGAUCUUUCUCAUUCGUCGGAUGCGUCUUCACCUGGUUUUUGUCCGGAUCAUUAAUGGUACAAACCUACGACUAUUUCGGCGCUUACGAUAUCAAAGGCGACGCUCUUUUUAUAAAGUCUAUCGAUACGAUCAAUGUCUGUCACUUCUAUCGCUUGGAAAGGGCUUGUGACUGGAUGGGGAGAGUCAACCGCUUUCUCGGGCUCUUCGGUAUUUCAAGCCAUGAGUAUUCCCCUCACGGGGUUAGAUUAGGCUUGCCAUUCAGAGUCUUGCAUAGUGCAAGUUUUCUUCGCCUGCUGGCCUUGAUGCAAUUUGUGGCUUCCAUUGUCCGUGGCGUACUGGUCUGGCUCUCAGGAACCUUUGUUUGCGACUUCUUCAUUGUGGCAACUAUGACUACACUGCUUGUACGGGCAAAGCUAGAGUCCUCACUUAAGUCCACCCAACGGCUGCUUGAUCGUCUUAUUAUCAUCGCCCUUGAGACCGCUGCCGUUACUCUCGUCGUGGCUCUCGUUCAACUAAUAUUCUACGUAAAAUUUCCGACGAAUGGCCGUCAACAAGUUUCGGUGAUGUAUAUACUCGGGGGACUCUAUUCCAACGCAUUGCUUGCCGUUUUGAACGGGAGAAAACGUUCUCGGGGUCGAUUGGCAGAACCCACACUCAGUAUUCACUUUGAACAGAAAACUACUCUUCCCGGCAGCCUAUCUGGAUCACACAACGAGGGAUCGGAAGUUUGA